AUGGUCACCAGAUUAGGUAAAUCUGGUUUGAAGGUCAACACUGUUGCUGUCGGUACUAUGAGAUUGGGAUCCAGUUGGAGAGGUUUUAAUGGUGACAUCGACGAGUGUUUGAAAAUUUUGAAAUUUUGUUAUGACAACGGGUUCCGUACUUUCGAUACUGCUGAUACUUACUCAAAUGGUAAAUCUGAAGAGUUGUUGGGUUUAUUCAUCAAGAAAUACAAUAUUCCACGUGAACGAAUUGUCAUUUUAACCAAAUGCUACUUCUCAGUCAAAGACGACGCAGAAGACAGUUCACUUGAAAUUGAUCCAAUUGACUAUAUGAACGGUAAAGGAUUGAGUAGAAAGCAUAUCUUAGCCGCAGCUGAAGCUUCCGUUAAACGUUUGGGAACAUAUAUUGAUGUGUUGCAAAUUCAUCGUUUAGACCAUGAAGUCACAUAUGAAGAAGUUAUGCGUUCUUUAAAUGAUGUUGUUGAACAAGGAUUGGCAAGAUAUAUUGGUGCCUCAUCUAUGAAAACAUGGGAAUUUGUUGAGUUGCAAAAUGUUGCUAAAGCAAAUGGUUGGCACCAAUUCAUCUCCAUGCAAAGUCACUAUUCUUUAUUGUACCGUGAGGACGAGAGAGAAUUGAAUGACUAUUGUAAGAAGAAUAGUAUUGGAUUAAUCCCUUGGUCUCCAAACGGUGGUGGUGUUUUGUGUCGUCCAUUCGACUCUGAAAAAACUAAGCAGUUCUUAGACAACAAGCAAUGGUCAAGUUUAUUUGGAUUAGAAAAUGUCAGAGACGCAGAUAAGAUUAUCGUCGAUAGAGUUAAAGAGUUGAGUGUUAAAUACAAUGCAUCUAUGAUGCAAGUUUCAUUGGCAUGGUGUAUUUCUAAAGGUGUGAUUCCAAUUGCCGGUGUCUCCAAAUUUGAGCAAGCUGAAGAAUUGGUUGGUAUUUUCAAAGUCAACUUAACUGAAGAUGAUAUCAAAUAUCUUGAAGAGCCAUAUCACGCCAAAGACUUGGCAAGAGUUGCUGCUUAA